GUUCCGACCGGUUCCGGCGGCCCGCCCCCCGCUGGGCGCAGAGGAGCCCAGACAGACUCGAGCAGCAGACAUGGACCCGCUGGCGGCUGCCAUCGACCAGGGAACCAGCUCCACCAGGUUCCUGGUGUUCAACACUAAAACAGCCCAGCUGAUCAGCCACCACCAGGUGGAGCUCAAGCAACAUUUCCCCAAAGAAGGGUGGGUGGAGGCGGACCCCAAGGAGAUCAUGGACACCGUCCACGAGUGUCUGGAGAAGACCUGCCAGAAGCUGGCGCAGCUCGGCGUGGACGUGUCCCGCAUCAAAGCAGUGGGGGUGACCAACCAAAGAGAAACCACCCUGGUCUGGGACAAGGAGACCGGAGAGCCACUCUACAACGCCAUCGUCUGGCUGGACCUGAGGACACAGUCCACUGUGGAGAGACUCAUCAGCAAAACUCCCAGCAGGAGCAAGAACCACCUGAAGCAUAAGACUGGACUCCCCAUCAGCACUUACUUCAGUGCAGUGAAACUCCGUUGGUUGCUGGACAAUGUGGAGGCGGUGCGGCAGGCGGUUCUGAGUAAGCGGGCCAUGUUUGGGACCGUGGACUCCUGGAUCAUCUGGAGUCUGACGGGCGGGCGAGACGGGGGAGUCCACGUCACGGACGUGUCCAACGCCAGCCGCACUUUGCUGUUCGACAUCCACAGGCUGGACUGGGACCCCGAGCUCUGCAGUUUCUUUGGCGUCCCGAUGGAAAUCCUGCCGGCCAUCAGAAGCUCCUCUGAGAUCUACGGCCGCAAGAGGUCUGGCUCGCUGGCAGGGGUUCCCAUCUCUGGGUGUCUCGGGGACCAGUCGGCAGCUCUGGUGGGUCAGAUGUGCUUUGAGGAAGGCCAGGCCAAAAACACCUACGGGACGGGAUGCUUCCUCCUCAGGAACACAGGGACCAAGCCGGUGAUGUCCGAACACGGCCUGAUCACGACGAUCGCCUACAAGCUGGGGAGGGACAAGCCAGCCUGCUACGCGCUGGAGGGUUCGGUGGCGAUCGCCGGAGCCGUGGUUCGCUGGCUGAGGGACAACAUGUGCAUUGUGCAGUCGUCCUCUGAGAUUGAGCAGCUGGCAGCGGAAGCAGGAACGUCCUACGGCUGCUACUUCGUUCCGGCGUUCUCCGGCCUCUACGCUCCGUACUGGGAGCCGAGCGCCAGAGGCAUCAUCUGCGGCCUCACCCAAUUCACCAACAGGAGCCACCUGGCGUUCGCCGCCCUGGAGGCCGUCUGCUUCCAGACCAGAGAGAUCCUGGACGCCAUGAACCAGGACUGCCGCAUCCCGCUGCCGGUGCUGGGCGUGGACGGAGGCAUGACGGGGAACCGGCUGCUGAUGCAGCUGCAGGCCGACAUCCUCUGCAUCCCUGUCGUGCGACCCAGCAUGUCUGAGACCACAGCUCUGGGUGCAGCCAUGGCGGCCGGUGCCGCUGCGGGCGUAGAGGUCUGGAACCUGGACCCUGAUCAGCUGCCUGAGGUCACGGCUGAGCGGUACCAGCCUCAGAUCAACACCCAGGUGGCUGUUUCUGCUCCAACUCGACUGUCUGUCCUCCACCAGAGAGCGAGUUGCGCUUCACUCGCUGGAAGAAGGCCGUCCAGAAAUCCAUGAACUGGGAGACACCAGAGACCAGUUCCACCAGUAAUGGAACUAAAGCCUCCUGGAUCCAGACAGCAGGAAGAGCAGCUUAGAGCUUCCCACACUCAGCAGAAACCCAACCACGAGUCAAGCUGCAGACGCUGGUUCUGUUGGGCCGCCGCUACUGGUGGGAAUAUUUCACAGACGGAGCCGCUGAAUCUUCAGACGGUGAACUCUGACCCCGAGAGCUCUCUAAGUUACUGAAGGAAAAUCUAUUCUGGACCAUCACCUCCUUUAGAUUGCACUUUAUUUAUUGUUUCUUCAUCCUCAUUGGAGCGUCCCGGGGUUCUGAUGAGGUUCUGAUGAGGUUCUGCUCCACUGUCGCCCCCUGCUGGUCCCAGAGUGAUGCUGCAGGUCAAAGGUUGUGUUGGUUUCCUUGGAUACAAACCUUUUAAAUAUUCUGACUGACCAGCUGAGCUUUGUGCUCUGAUUGAUGAAUAGGAUCAGUUGGAACCAAUCGAUCGGAACCGAUCGAUCAGAACCGAUCAGUUGGAACCGAUCGAUCAGAACGAUGCCUGUACAGUUGUGAAUCGCCAUAGCAACCUGGUUCAGAUCGCCGUUGUUCCGCCAGCAGAACCGGGUUGAGGUUCUGAACCCGCUCCGUUUCUCCUCACAGGUCGGCAGCAGGGAUCCAACUGAGUCCACAUGGUGGUACCAGGUACCAGGCUGGUUCUGGACAUGAAACCGACCCUGGAGCUUCUGAAGAACCGGUCUAGUUAAAGUCCUGCUCAUUUAAAGCAGUGAUGUCAGAGCGGGACCACCAGAACCGUUUCCAACUCAAUCAGAAGCUUUUGUCUCGGACCUCAUUUGUUCCCAGAACUGGUCUGGAUCCGAUUGGGAUCGCUUCCAGUUGAACUGUCCAGCUGACAGAACCGGUCCGACUGGGUCGAGUAAAGGUUCGGUCCAACUUUGCUCUGGCAGCAGAAUCUCAGCCAGAAACCUGGUCCUGACCCGGUUUUGAUCCAUUGUGAACAUUUUUACAUUCAAAGGGAGAUAAAAUCUGGAAAUGAGCAACAGAAACGAAUCGAUUCAGACAUGAAAAGUUUUAAACUUUGCAAUAAAAUGUCAUCCUGUGAUGCUUGAUUAACUGACAACAGUUUGAUUUCACAUCAAAAUAAAGACUUUGUUUUAAAAUCAUUAGUGUCCUAGUCAAAG